CGUGUUUGAGCCACGGACGCGACAUCGCUGGACCAAUAAACGAAGCACACAACGCAAGCCAAGACAAUGGAAACAAAGGCGGUGGAAGGCGUCCUCACGGCGUCGGACUUGGCUAACGAGAACGAACUGGACGAAGACGAGCAACUUGUAGCAACGUGGAUCAAAGGCAUGCACGAGGCAGAGAUCUGUCGAUUGACGCAGGCUGGCGCCAAGGCAGUGCCCCUCAAGGUCAAGAACAUGGCGAUCGUUCGGGAGGACGGAGGCGUCGUGCUCAACCGCGUCGAAGUGGACACGCGGUUCUCCAUGGACCGGAUCGAGCAGAUCCUCGUCGCAGAAGAAACCACGCCCGUGCCGCACAAGCCGCAUUUUGUGUACGUGAACGUUGUGCUGCUGCCCAAGACCAAGCAGCCGUCGGACGCCACCACCAUGGCCCUCGUCAUGCCGUAUGUGUACGACACGCGAGUUGUCGGCAACACGUUGACACAAUGGGUGUUCCUGAACAACAACAUGGAACGGUCGCAUCAUGUGAUCGGAUGACUCCGACCUUGAAACACAAGUUAUGUCUGUAUCAUCGCAGCGUACUCGACGAAUUCAAACACCCCGAGGCUCCGUCCUCAGCAGUCCUUCCUGUGCAAACUCUUGGCUGCUUUGGACUUUUUU